AUGCUGAUGGAGAAGGGUCGUUCACCGAGUAGUCUGCUUGUGCUGGUCAUCCUGUUGAGGAGAUAUGGUCGAUGGUUUAUUCGAAUCACUGAAUCAGAGCCGUUGCUUUGGGACUAUGAACAAUUUGCUGUACAUUUGGUCUCUUUUCUUCAACCUCUGGUGAAAAGUCAAAAGAGCUUCUCUACAAGAAAGUGGAAAAUAUCCAAUCUUCUUCUCUCUUCAACCUUGAUCUCCAAGGCUGGGAGACUCGCGGGAAAAGAAGCUGCCUACUUUUUCCAGGAAUCCAAACACGCCGUUAAUCGCAUCGCCGAGAAGUCUCCGACCACCGGCAAAAAGCUUCCAUCUUCUCCGGCGGAUCCACCGGGUAUUCAGCCCGAUGUUCUUCCGGAGAUUCUACGCCAUUCUCUCCCUUCUAAAAUCUAUGGUCCACCUCCCGACCCUUCGUCCCUCUCCCAGUUCUCCAAAUGGACUCUUCCAUCCGACCCAAACGCAGUCGUUUCUAUUUCCCCUGACGUCUUGAAUCCCCUCAGAGGUUACGUGUCUCUGCCUCAGGUCACUUUCGGCCGCAGAAGAUGGGACAUACCGGAUUCGGAGAGUUCGGUUUUGGCGUCAACAGCUAAUGAAUUGAGGAGAGACGUAUACGGCACUCCUGUAAAUCCUGAAAAAUUGAAAGCUGCUGGUGAAGGGCUUCAACAUAUUGGAAAAGCAUUUGCAGCCGCUACUAUUAUCAUAUUUGGCUCAGCCACUUUGGUUUUUGGAGCGGCAGCCUCAAAACUUGACAUGCGCAAUGCCGAUGAUAUAAGAAUGAAAGGAAAAGAUCUUUUUCAGCCAAAACUGGAGUCAAUGAAGGCACAAGUAGAUCCCCUAAGAACUUGGGCGGAAAACAUGUCGAAGAAGUACCAUUUUGAAAAUAACGAUGGUACUAUCAAGGAGAAACCAAUCUUGAAGGAGCUUUCGAGAAUUCUUGGACCCAAAUCUUAAAAGGCUGAGGCUUUGGAUAAACGACAAACGUUUUAUUAUAUGAACAGAGAAAAGCCAAGCAGGAGUUUUUCUAUAUGUAUGUGAGAUGGAAUAAGAUCUUAGUAAAGUAUCAGAUUGUGCUGUAUCAAUGUUUGUUAGUAAAUUGAUGGAGUGAUAAAGCUUUUGUAUAAAUAAAGUUUUUAUUAGUUUCAGUGUUACUCUUGGAGUCGGAUUCAGAUCAGGCCGAUUUGCGUUGCAGACAGGGGUUGAAUAGAUACAUUACGAAGUUAUGCAAAAAAUUGUAAACGUUAUAAUAAAUAAGAGUUGUUAUGUAAUUUGUUUGCUCCGACGAGUAAAAAUUUCAA